CCCCGCCCCACGCUACUGCCUGUCGACCAAUAAAAUUUGAAUGCUGAAUCUGUCGUCCGGAGGACGGCAAACACUUCUCGAGUCAUUUUUGGCGUGCUUUUAAGCAAUUGCCUAUAUGAAUGAUUACAUUACAUGUUGAUUUGUUUGGUAUAUAUAAAGCAAAUACUGCACUAUUUACAAAUGAUUUAGGCUUCGAGUUACCAAAGCAACCAAACUCCUCCCUGCGCUUCAAGUAGCCUAUCCAGUGUGUAAAAAGCAGACGCUCUAAUGUAUUAUUUACGAGACUUAAAUAUGAUCUCAGGACAACCCGUGUCAGGAAUAACCCUAGUUGCAUCUCGAUUGCUUUAUGCCAAAUCCACGAACACUUAAUUACAGUCAACUUGAUGCCAAUCAAAAGGUAAGCUGAUCAUAUGGACAUUGAAAAAAUGCUGACUUACUAAGCUUCACCAUCAGAUCGACAGGCUUCUCAUUUUCUUUCUUACCACUUUUUAAAAAUAGAGUAAGUAUAAAUUAGUCAUAAUUCCACUGUCGUUCAUUUUUUUGAAUUUUGUACUCUUUGGAUGCCAAAUAGACUAUAAUACCUGUGUACCUUUUAGCACUUCAUCUGUUUAUUCACUUAAUGGGCCAAUGGACCACACGUGCACCACAGUAGAAAGACCCCUGAUACAAGAUUUUACAAAUUGUUUAUCCUUUCUGUUGCUAAGAAAUCAGUAGAGAAGCGGCUUCUUACCUGCACAGUGAGAAAGGAAAUAGUUUGUCUAGUGGAUGCAAACACAGUGCAAAUUGGAAAAGACAACACAGACGAUAAAGAGGAUGCUAAGGAACGUCCUUCGGUGCUUUGGGAGAAACAAUUCUAGCAGACCAUAUUUGUAGACAUGAGUGAUAUUGAUGACAGCCUCCAUUUCAGUCACCUACAGCGCUCUUUCACCAUGCAUGUUUCACACGGCUUCGCUGCAUCCAGUGAAAUCAGGUCUGUCUGGCUCAUUCAAGGAUGUGGAAGACUACUCUAAAAGUCCCGUCUCCAUCAUUAGCAAACAUAGACAUUAUGGCAAAAUAAGAGAUGUGAAAGGAAAUGAGAUGGAAGUUUCAGACUCACAGCCUGACACACUACCAGAGCAGAAGAGGUGGACACAUGAGGAUGACAAUACCAGUGAUGAAGACCAGGAGGAGCUCCCAUAUGAUGGUGAGCUUUACCAUCAUGUCACACAUUGCAGCAACAGCCUCAGACAGAACUCAGAAGAACCUUUCAACCUGAUCAAGAAGUAUAACCACAGUCCUGGUGCUUUCAACACUGUCAGAAGGGAUGCCAAGUUGGCAGGUGGUGGUGUCACCAACACCAGUGGCCCUGUAUUUGGGCAAAAACCUCACCAAACUUCUAUCCCAAGCAUCCUCCUCAGGCAUUUCUCUUAUGAUGAGCUAUUCAACUGCAGCAGACUCAUUGAGACAGAGACUAUGCCUGAAGUCUCACUGAUGGAUAGCAUAAAUCAAACAACCCACCCAGCUUCACCCAACCCACACACCACCACAGGAAAACACAGCAUAAAGAUCAAAACCAGUCUUUUGAGGUCCAACAGAGGUGACAGCUACACUGCCUUAGGGGUAACAGACUCAAAGACAGAAUCUGCAGAAACAGAAACACAUGACAAUAAUAAUGCUUACAAAGUGUCAAAUCAGUCAGACUCCUCAGAAAAAUCCAAAUUAUACUCCAGUAGUAAUAGAUACUCCAGUCCAGGUGCUGUUUUAGUGGUAACUGAAGAUGUGAAAGAAGAAAAAGAGAAUAAUGUGAAACAAAGCUGCAGUUGCAGCCCUCCUAACCUGCACAAAUUAGACAGCCAGACUGCUAAAUGUUCCUUGGGAAGGACAUGGUCCUGCAAUGAACUAAAAUAUGGACAGGGCCAGGUGCACUACCCUCUUCCUGACUUCUCCAAAGUGGCUCCCAAAGUCAAGUUCCCCAAAAGUAAUGGAGUUGCCAAACCUGGCUGUAACUCAGCUAUGACCAGAGCUCAGAAAACACCAAGCAUCCUGAGUAAAUUCCCUUCCUCCUGUAAAGCUGAUGUCAUCAGUAGGGUUUUGGAGGACUCUGACUGGCUGAUUGAGAAGCCAAAAAUGUUCAAAGAUGACAUGACACAGUACUCUGGUACUCAGGAUUUACAGACCAAAACCUUAAGUGAACCAAUAUUCUCAAUAUUUUGGGGCAAAAAAGCAGAAGACAUCCAACACACAAAAGACAAUAUCAGAGCUGGGCCACACACUUUCCCGUCAACUAAAGCAGGGUUGGUUGAGGAGAAGAAAGACAGGAUCUGGAGCUCUCUCUCUGAACAGAAGAGUCUAACUGAGGGCCACAGGCUCACCAUUGAGCUCAAAGACAUUAUCAACCAAUUUACGAUGCAGGUGGAGGAAUUCAAAAUAUGCAUUAACAACAUGUCAAUGACUGUUGAAGAACAGCAAAUGGUCUUUAAGAGAAUGAUGGAGGUUCAGGAUCAGCUGGAACGGAACUACAUGAGUAAGAAAGAGGAGCACAGAGCAUUGGAGAUGCAGAAUUAUAUGGGUCUCAAAUUGAAUACAGGGGAGUUUGACCCUGACAGGCUGGUGGAAGGGGAGAUAUUUCAGCUAGGCAUGCACCUGGAGGACCUAAAGGAACAGAUAGACAGAAAUGCUUACUGUAUGCUCUCUCCUUUGCCCUCAUCCACCACUUCCACUGCCCUACUGCAUGGAGAGUUUAUACCAUCUUCCUCACUCCAGCCAGCACUGCAUAAGGAAUCAGUCUUCAGUCACUCCAGUAAGAGCAGCAUAAUGGAUAAGGAAGAAGAAAGUUAUAAAGACAGUUUUGAAGUGCCGAGCACUGUAGAUUCACCCCCCAGCUGCCCCAGAGAGAACAGAUUCAGGUUGUGCAUCUACAAUCAGAUGUCUUGCAUUACGAGGGAGGAUGAGAAGGGUAGUGUAAGCAUGUCAGAGGAGGAAGAUAACCACAAGGACUUACAGGCAAAACUAAGUGACUCACUGUCACCACAACACCAGAGGACACCUAGCAGCAGUGAUGCUAUUCAUGCAAUGCAGUACGAGGUAUCCUGCCUGAGGACGGUGCUAGAAGAGAGUCUGGGUCCCCUGCCUUACUGCUGCACAAAAAUGGCACCUCUGAGGAAUAUGAGCACACGUGAAAAAAGACUCAGAGCCCAGCCUCAUCACCAACAUAAGUACCAACAAUUUUCCAGAAGCAGAUGCCUUGAUACAGAAUGUUAUACAACAGAAGACUGGGUCUCCUCUGAUACUGAGCACAGUAAGAGAAAAGGUACAGACUGUGGUACAUCUGAUGACAAUGAAGUGCCAGAUGUCUUUAUUCUCACUCGCAGAAGCAGACAUGCUCACUCCAAAAGUCCCACCAACAGAAUGUCAAAUGACUUAAACUACUUUUUCCCAGUCUCAUUAGAAAAUGUGUCUCUGGAUACAUAUCACUCCAGACAAGGCAACAAUUAUCUGAGAGCAAGUGUUGCAACAACCAUUACUGGAUCAAAUACUCUUGGCAAUAAUGCUAGAUUUGGACUACCCAGUCAUAGCAGAAAAAACAGAAACACUGGAUGUGUGAAACCCUCCUACAGUCUGCCUUCUGGUUUCAAGGUGCACGAUCAGCAGUCAGAACCAGGUGUGACCAGCAUGAGAUGCUCUAUCCAGUCACACUCAGCACUUCUGCCAAGUAACAUUUACUUCUACAAGGCCUCAACACUGCCCACCUGUCCUCACAGGACAGGAGAUGGGGUGCAUAGAGUCAAGGAGGAGGCUUUAACCUGGACUAUCGAUAAAGCUCUGGAUGCAGCUUUGCUGAUGAAGCAGAUUACUGACCACAUGGCUAAAACUCUCUCGUCAGAUCUGGCCAAGGCUCAGCUCUACAGGAAAUUACAUCACAGUGAACGGGAAACGGCUUAACAAUUGGUCUCGUCACACUCAUUCCAAGCCACUCUUUUACAUAGAGGUCCAUGAAAACUCUCAUUUGUGAUGUGGUUAUAUGUAGAAAGUAGAUUUUUAUGUGAAAUCUAUAAAUAUUAAAUGGAUUGUUAAAUUAUUUAUCCAGAUCUAAAUAUUGUUUUUUUCACAUCUCUUUGCC